ACGUAACGGUGAUAAUGAAGUUAAACAUCCGUAGUAUCGUAGUCACGAAGAGAAAAAAAAAAAUGGAUUGGAGAUGUCUGUUGUUCGAAGGUUGUAGUACAUAAAAUGUAAAUGUCAAUGAAAAAGAUACGCUUUUUCAAUUAGUACUGCAAGUCAUGCUGUUAAACAUUUAUGUUCGCCGAAGUAAACUUAAGAAGACACUAGCUGUUUUUCAUCUAAAUCAUUAGCGCAAAAGUCCACACAUGGAGCCGAUAUGUAUGAUUAUUUAUUUCAAGAAGAAAAUUUGGUUUAAGUGUUGUAUUUACGAAGACUGUUUAUGUGGUUUGUCAGGGAAACUCGAUGAAGUUGUAAAUAAACACCACGACGGUAUCCCUGAUACAUUAUGGGAUGGAACCUCGACAUGUACAUCUAAAAUAAAGUCAUUACAUGUAAAUAGUUUUGGUGAAGAUAUUCAGGCUUCUAAUGUUAGCGAUGAAAAGAUCCAAAGACUCAACACCAUUAAGUUGAAACUGGAUGGGUAUGUUUUAUCGGCACUGACAGCUUCAUUAAUAUACUCAAAAAUUUAUAGAAAGAAAUUCACAGAGAAGUGCAGUCUAUACUUAGAGGAUAGAUUGAAGCAAUCCCAUGUGAAGAGUCCACUAUGCGUUAUAGUGAACCUCAUACCAGCGAAGCGAGAGUUACUUGAUUACCGGUGGAAUGACAGAAUGAUCACACUUGCGACGGAGAGGAGGGAACUUGAGAAUGCAAUGUAUUGGCUAUCAACAUUAGGCGGUGCCUUCUCAGCCUUGGGUGAUGAAUUUCAGCACUGUGCUGUGAUGGCUGGCCGAAUAUCUGUUGGCCAGUUGUGGCUUGCACUUCGCCUGGGUGAUGCUUUGACUGUGGCCCGCUGUAAGUUGUUUUUGGCGCUCAGUUUGAUGCAACAGGGCAGACUGAGAGCUGCUCGUCAGCUUGUGCUGCAGCAAUACGUUGUUGCCAAGUCUGUGAAAGAAGUGGAUCCGCGACUGAGCAGAAUGUGCCAAGGGGUGUGGGCAAAGCUCAGGUAUGCGUACCAGCAGAGGCACAACAGAAGAAAAUCCAAAUCCCGACAAGCUUAAAUGAAUAGCAGUUAACGAAUUUAUUCACACAUCAGAAUUAUGAAACAAUGUUAGGAUGCAAAUUGUUACUUGUGUCAUACAAAGGAAGAUUUUUACUACAUGCAAGUGUUUGUAUUAAUUUCAUUCCACAUGUCACUAAUUUUUUUUUAAUGACGGAACUGUGAAACAAACAACAAAAUAAAGAAGCUGUAGCUUCAUAUUGAUAAGAGUAAAAACAAUUUUGCUGGCCUUCACAGUACUAUGGUUGUUUUGUAACUGCAGGAUAAAAAAAAAUUGCACAGUAAACAUAAUGGUUUUACAUAUAA